UGAAUAUGCACACUCCCCUUCAAUAAAGAAAACUUGCGAGUCGCUUCGAUGCUGUGAUCGAAAUGGCGUCGUCUUCUCCAGCUCAGCGAGCUCACGUCCCGAUUCCUCCUGAGCCAGGGGGAAGGUCUCUGACCCAAGAAGCUAAUGAACCACCGGUUCCGAUACACAUAGUGACAGAGCCUUUACAACUUCCGGCUGAUUUCUUGAACCCUUCCCCUGAUAAGAAAUUGGUCAUUGGUUUUGACUGUGAGGGUGUUGACCUCUGCCGAAAUGGAAAACUUUGUAUCAUGCAGAUUGCAUUCUCUAAUGCAAUAUACUUGGUUGAUGUCAUCGAAGGUGGAGCGAUGCUUAUGAAAGCCUGUAAGCCCGCACUCGAGUCUAAUUACAUCACGAAAGUUAUUCACGAUUGCAAACGUGACAGUGAGGCCUUAUACUUUCAGUUUGGGAUCAGGUUGCACAAUGUUGUGGACACUCAGAUUGCUUAUUCUCUGAUAGAAGAACAAGAAGGCAGGAGGAGACCUCUAGAUGAUUACAUAUCGUUUGUUUCUCUCCUUGCUGAUCCACGUUACUGCGGCAUAUCCUAUGAUGAGAAAGAAGAAGUCCGUGUGCUCAUGCGGCAGGACCCAAAGUUUUGGACGUACAGGCCGAUGACUGAGCUCAUGAUCCGUGCAGCCGCUGAUGAUGUCCGCUUCCUUCUGUAUCUCUAUCACAAAUUGAUGGGAAAACUGAACCAGCGGUCACUAUGGCAUCUUGCAGUUCGUGGUGCUUUGUACUGUCGGUGCCUCUGCUGCAUGAACGAUACUGAUUUUGCGGAUUGGCCAACUGUUCCUCCAAUUCCAGAUAACCUGAAGUUAGGAGAUCAAUGCCCCGAUGAAGAGAUCUUGUCGGUGCUUGAUGUUCCCCCAGGAAAGAUGGGACGUGUGAUCGGAAGAAAAGGAGCAUCAAUCCUCGCCAUCAAGGAAGCUUGCAACGCGGAAAUUCUAAUUGGAGGAGCAAAAGGUCCACCUGACAAGAUAUUUGUGAUUGGACCGGUGAAGGAAGUGCGUAAGGCGGAGGCUAUACUGAGAGGAAGAAUGACAGACUAUUGAAAAGGAGAUGAGAGGGUCCUUUGUAAUCUUGUCUCAUUGCUCCUUACCAAAAUAGUUUUUUACAAACACUCACUCUCUCUUUAAACUUGGAAACUCCAUGGUUCGGUACGACCCGAAGAGUCCCUUUCUCGAAUAAAAGUUACAUCUAUAACUACAUCAUUAACUGACGAUAAUACUGGAAAAUUACCCUUCCAUUUUCCAAAUCGAACGUUGUUGUUUGA